AUGUCGACUUCAACCCUUCCGCCCAAUCUACAGGGCCCCCUGGAUGUACUCAUGAUCGACAACUUCGAUUCCUUCACCUGGAAUCUGUACCAACAACUCUGCCUACUUGGCGCCAAAGUGACCGUCAUCCGUAACGAUGCUAUACCCGUCGAAGCUCUCCCUGAACUCCAAAUCUCGCAUCUCAUCAUCUCCCCCGGACCAGGACACCCGAAAACUGACUCUGGCAUCUCCCGUGAAGCAAUUAAACACUUUACGGGCAAGGUUCCCGUACUUGGCGUCUGCAUGGGCUUAGAGUGCAUAGUAGACGUCUUCGGUGGCGAAAUAGGGUAUGCUGGAGAAAUCAUGCACGGAAAACUCUCUCGUAUCUCGCACGAUAACCGAGGUUGCUUCAAGAACGUCCGGCAAGGAAUACAAUCCACUCGAUAUCAUUCCCUCUCGGCAGCGGUCAAAACGCUCCCUGACGACCUCCAAGUUACUGCCAUCACUGAAGGCAGGGGAGUCAUCAUGGGCGUAAGGCACCGGAAGUACACACUCGAAGCCGUGCAGUAUCACCCGGAGAGUAUUCUGAGCGAAGGAGGGGACGACCUUGUCAAGAACUUCCUUACCAUGACAGGCGGCACCUGGGAGGAAAACCCCCAACUGGGAGUCUUGGACCCUGAACUGCCAGCUUUCGACCCGAAACCCUCUGCAAACGGCACUGCAUUACCGACCAACUCGAAGGUACCGUCCAUCCUUGACAAAAUCUACGCCCAGCGCUUGCGCGAUGUCGAAAUUGCCAAAGCCACCCCUGGGACGACACCGGCAGACCUCGCGACCCUACUCUCUAUGCACCUCGCUCCUCCCCUCGUCCCGGUAGUAAACCGACUCAAGUCCCGCACGCCGGCGCUGAUGGCCGAAAUAAAGCGCGCGUCCCCGUCUAAAGGCGCGAUUGCGAUGAACACCAACGCAGCCCAGCAAGCGCUCACGUAUGCCCUUGCUGGAGCAUCGGUCAUCUCAGUGCUCACGGAACCUACGUGGUUCAAAGGUACUCUCCUCGACAUGCGGCUUGUGCGCGAAGUCAUCUCCACAUUACCGAACAGGCCCGCGGUCCUGCGGAAAGACUUUAUCCUCGACGAGUACCAAAUCGCCGAAGCGCGUCUCAACGGAGCGGAUACCAUUCUAUUGAUCGUAGCGAUGCUAUCCCCUGAACGUCUUGCGGCGCUUUACGCGUACUCUCUCUCAUUGGGUAUGGAACCCCUCGUUGAGGUGAACAGCGCUGCAGAGAUGGAGCGUGCACUCGAGCUUGGCGCCCGUAUUAUCGGCGUCAACAACAGGAACCUACACGACUUCAACGUUGAUAUGGGGACGACCUCCCGCCUCGCUGACAUGACCAAGGGCAAGGACGUCGUUCUCUGUGCGCUGUCCGGAAUCUCCGCGCCCGAAGAUGUGCGGCAGUAUGUCUCUCAAGGCGUCGGCGCCGUCUUAGUAGGAGAGAGCCUCAUGAGGGCAAACGAUACGAGAGCGUUCAUUCGGGAAUUGCUGGAUUGGCCGGAGGUGCAUACGGACGUGAACAAGGUACCCCUUGUGAAGAUAUGCGGGAUCAGGCAGCCAGAGGAGGCGCUGGCCGCCGCAGAAGCUGGCGCGGACAUGCUCGGGCUCAUGCUCGUUCCUUCAAGCAAAAGGGCGAUAUCGCUCGAGCAGGCCCAGAAGAUAUCUUCCGCGGUUCGUGCGACUCGCGCCAGUCAGCCAUUGCCGCCACCGCCUGACACUGCCGACGAUAUCGAAAACGAGCCCUGGUUUACCUCACAUGCUCGCACCCUCUCAAAGACCAUAGCCUCAAGGACUUCGCGACCGUUGCUCGUGGGCGUCUUCCAGAAUCAGCCGCUAUCAUAUAUUCAGCACGUCGUAUCUGUUGCCCAAUUGGACAUGGUGCAGCUCCAUGGAUCCGAGCCUUCGGAAUGGGUGAAGCAUUUACCCGUUCCGGUAGUAAAGGUCUUUCACGUUGACAGACAUGGGCGAGGCUUGGAGGGUAUCACCCGCGCGGGCUUACAUCAGUUCGUCUUGCUGGACUCCGUACGCGAAGACGCGAGCGGACUAAGCGGCGGGAGCGGCAAAAUCGUCGACUUGGACCUGGCCAAGACGAUCGUGCAAGUGGGCGAGAUAACAGUGGACACAGCACAUCCUUCUUCUCACCCUAUCCCAGGUCCAGUCCAAAAUAACGUUCUGCCCACCGUAGGCGUGGAGACGGAUGUGAAGAAACCCGGACGGCCCAUGCCCAUAAUCCUCGCUGGCGGCCUCACGCCCGAUAACGUGCGCGAGGCUGUGGAACGUGUCGGACCUUGGGCGGUCGAUGUCAGUGGUGGCGUGGAAACUGCGGAUGGUAAUGGCAAGGACGUAGAAAAGAUCAGGACGUUCGUCAAGGCAGCGAAAGGGGAGGGUUUUUUAAGCUGAACACCAGGAAUGACUACGGUACUGGAAGUGGACGCAGUCCUAUCAGUCCCCUUGAGGAGGAUAGCUGGAGGUGGGCAGUCAUUUCUGGAUUCGUGAGGAGGCUAUGAAUGCGCGCGCUUAGGUUGCAUGAUCUUGUAUGAUGUCCAUAGGCUUGGUUCCGCCAGCAAGGACAGGAACAU